AUGCCGUCUUUCCUCAAGGCUUCAAUGAGCCAGCGGCGCAACAUGACGCACAGUCAGCAGCAGAGGGUGACCUCGGAAUUUCGACAGCAGGAGGAGCAACGAGAAAAUCUGACAAAACGCAUCACUAAGGACAGACAGAUGCAAGCCAAUCUAAUGAGUGAGGAGAGACUUGAAAAGAAGCGAUACCUACGCAAGGUGCAAGACGAGCUGCACGAAAGCCAAAUUGAGGAUGCUCUCAUCAAGGUAUGCAUGCAAGGUAUCGCUUUCACACAACAUUCAUGAAAAGCACCUGCUUAAAGGACAACUAGGCUUCAUCUGUGUCUGGGAAACGGGCCCUAAAAGUAAUUGCUUGCUUCACCUGACUCUUACAGGCAGAGGAGGAGAGAAUAUACAAGGAAAAGCAACUAGAACAAGAGGAGAGAAUGGCACAAGAACUGGCCCGCAUCAGCUAUGAAAAGCUUAGAGAUGAAAAAAUGAGGCAAUAUAUAAAAGAGAACAGGUAAGUCUCAAAAUGAGGGGGUUGGCAGGGAUUGACAUUAAGGGCUGCCCUCCUAUUGCUUGGGUCAAGUGAACUGAACAGUCACACCUGCUCUGAGGUUGCCCCUGCUCUGAGGUUGCCCCAUUGGGCAGGUAAUUUAAAAACAAGAAGUGAAAAUAACCAAACUGCAAAGAAUUCCAGGAGCCUAAAACGGAUUAUUCUGGUUCUUUCCCAUUGUUUAAGUGAAAGACAGUCAAUUUAUGGCAGUCAGACAAGUUGAGCCUGCUCUGAGAUUAUUUAUUUGACUGAUAACAACCAAAAUACAACAAAUUCCAGUACCGAUCUUUCUGAUUCCUUCCCUAUGUGUAGAUGAAAGACAGGCAAUAUAUGGAACUGCUCAUUUAAAUUUUCAGGCAAGUGAUCAUAAUCUUUGGGCAACCCAAAAAUACUCCUGACUUGCCCGACGGGACGGGAAAAUGCCUUUCAGACUUUAAUAUAAAUCCCUGGGUUAGUGUAUCAACAAGAACCUGUCCAUAGUUGUUGCAGGAUAGAUGUUUUAUGUUGCUGUUAAUGUUUCCUUUGUCAUUUUAGUGUUGAACUCCGUGAGUUAGAGGGGAAGCUCAAGUCUGCAUACCUAAACCGGGAGAGGGCCGCACAGAUUGCUGAAAAGGAGUCUAUGAGAUAUGAGACAGUGGUAAGUUCAUAAAUGUCCUUUCCCGGGGUAGAAGGGACAUCUGAGACUUGAACCAAAACACUUGUUGGUUGUGCUUUUUGUUAAUCCAUAUUUUUCUCUGACAUUAGCGGCAGGAGGCUGAUAUUGCUCGUAAGAUGAAGAGCGAGCAUGAGCGGGCCUCUGUGGAGCAGGAGAAGCAAGACCAUAAGCGCUACGAGGAGGUGGUGCAGUACCAGCAGGAGCUGGAGCAGCAGCUGGAGGAUAAAGAGCACAAGAGACAGGAGGCUUAUGAGGAGUUCCUCAAGGAGAAACUCAUGGUCGACGAAAUCGUCAGGAAGAUCUAUGAGGAGGAUCAAAUGUGAGUGGACAGUGGCAGUGUGUUUUCACAAUUUGUCUAAGUUUCCUGCUUGAUCAAGUGAUCAGCAUAUAAUGAAAUCUAAUGACCUUUCUUAUUUGCAGGGAGAGGCAGUUAAGACUGGAGAAGAUAACAGCCACUCAAAGGUACAUAGAGGAGUUCAAGAGCCAGCAGACGGAGUGGAGACUGAUGGAGCGGGAGAAGAUGGAGGCUGAGAACAGACGCAUCCUGGAAUUUGCCAGUUACCAGCAGCUUAAGGAGAAGAACAGAAUGGAGAAAGUCAGAGAACGAGAGCAGGCAAAAGAACAUCUUCACCAGAUGGUAAGAGGGAGAAAACUCACUUUGCAAAACUCUUGGCUAUAUUCAUAGUUAAGAAUAUGUUUGUCUUUUUUUGUGUACAAAGUGAGAAAUUAUUUCAACAAUAUUGAUGGCUGUUGAGGAAGUAUGUAUGUAUGUGUCUUUCUUCUAGCUCACUGAGAAGAUUGAAAUGGAGAGGCAGCAGCGUGACGAGAUGGAGCGUGUUCGUGAAGAGCUUUGUCUGGAGGAGCAAGCCGAGGCUGCAAGGCAGAAACAAAUCGUAAUCAAGCAUACCCUUAUUUUAAAAUUUCCAAAACACCUUUAGAGGAUUCAACCCUUUUUUAAAUGUUUUAAAUGGCUUAACAGGAGGAGAUGGAGAAGAGAAUCAGACAGAGGCUGGAGUUGCAGCAGACCUGCCAAGAGCAAAUAGCCUUCAAGGAAAUGCGGAGGCAGGCUGAGAAGGAGGAGGAGGAGGCCUUCAGGCAGAUGAUGAUGGCCAAGUUUGCUGAGGACGACCGCAUAGAGCAGAUGAAUGCCCAGAAACGCCGCAUGAAGCAGCUUGAGCACAAGAGGGCUGUGGAGAAACUGCUGGAGGACAGGAGACAGCAGUACCUGGCUGACAAGGUACAGUAUAUUGCUCUCAUCAUGAACACACUUGUGCACUCUUUAUCAACAUCAAAGUGGUGUUAUUGUAACUGAAGCUUUUCUGUUUAACACGGUUUUGUCUGCCUCAGAGGUAUUCUGUAGGUACCUUAAGGAACAUUUGUUGAAUGUAAGUUUGACCUCUCUUCCCAAGGAACGUGAGGCUGAAGAAAGAGCAAUUGAACAGGAGAGGGAGGCAUUGCGUCGACAGAUCAUUGAGGAGGAAAGGCAAAGACUUCUCAAACUCCAUGCCACAAAACUGCUGGGCUAUCUACCUAAGGUAAGGGAGAAGAGGUUGCCUUAGUUUUUAGUUCUACUGCAAGUGCUUUCUUUGUGUUUUUCUUUAAACUCUUGUCAUUGGCUGUCCAAAUUCUUUAAAAAAAAACUUUUGAUGCAAUGUUGCUCCAGCAAGAUCCCACUUUUGAAACUGACUAUAUUAUUCUCAAAUGUUAAGGGCAUAUUCCGGGAAGAUGACCUUGAACACUUUGAUGAGGACUUCAGAAGCAAUUUCCAAAAGCGACAGGCCGACAUCUUUGAUGAAGAGAGCUGGGGAGAUGAUGAAUAA